AUACGAUCCAUUGUCUAACAAAAAAAAAAAAAAGACUUAGAUCCAUUCCUCCUUCAACUAACACUUGUCUGCCUCCUCUUGUUCUCACAUGCUACUCUCUCUCUUUCUUUGUUUCCUUCCUUAACUUGCAUCUGUCUUUGUCUGAUUUUUUGUUUCUUGCCUUCUCUUGGCCGCUGCAUCAUCACCACAACCCUCUUUCCUUUUAAGGAAACUAUGGCUGGCAGAGAAAUCCUCAGUAAAAUGAAGGAAAAAGUACAAGAAAAAGUUGGCUUAGGUUCCACAGCUGAAUCUGGAAAAGGGAAAAGUAAGAUGUCAAAGAACAUAACACAUGGUUACCAUUUAGUUAAGGGGAAAGCGCAUCAUCCCAUGGAAGACUAUGUUGUUGCAGAAUUUAAGCAAGUUGGUGACCGCGAGCUUGGUUUAUUUGCUAUAUUUGACGGUCAUAUGAGCCAUGUUAUUCCUGAUUAUUUGAAGUCACAUUUGUUUGAUAACAUCUUGAACGAGGCUGACUUUUGGACAGAACCAGAGAAUGCAAUUAGGAAAGCAUAUAGUAUAACGGAUACAAAUAUAUUGGAAAAAGCAGUUGAUUUGGGCCGAGGGGGUUCAACAGCAGUCACAGCAAUAUUGAUCAACUGCCAGAAGCUAGUAAUAGCAAAUGUUGGUGAUUCUCGGGCUGUUAUCUGUAAGAAUGGUGAGGCUAAACAGCUGUCAGUUGAUCAUGAGCCCUCCACAGAAAAGGAGAGCAUUGAAAAUAGAGGUGGUUUUGUGUCAAACUUUCCAGGGGAUGUUCCACGGGUUGAUGGGCAGUUGGCUGUGGCAAGGGCAUUUGGUGACAAGAGUUUAAAGAAACAUCUUAGUUCAGAUCCAGAUGUGACGGUAGAGAUGAUUGAUGAUGAUACAGAGUUAAUAAUAUUGGCAAGUGAUGGUUUAUGGAAGGUAAUGGCGAACCAAGAAGCUGUCGAUGCUAUCAGGAACGUUAAGGAUGCUCGGGCUGCAGCAAAGCACCUAACCGAGGAAGCUGUUAAGAGGAACAGCAAAGAUGACAUUUCCUGCAUUGUUGUAAGAUUUUAGUGGUCUGUCCUGCUUUCAUUUGAUAACAAACUCUUUGCCAAUGAUGUGCAAGCACCUCUGUUAUGUUAAUAGAAUGUUAAUGCAUAUUUUGUGUUAUGUCAGAAGCUUUCUAUACAUAAGCAAAAUGUACUGAAGCUGUCUAAUGAACUAAAUUAGAUUGGGAUGUGACCAACAGAUU